AAUCAAUUUCGCGAUUAGUAUAUAAAAAGACAGCUAUCAAAAAUUAUUGCGUUUUUUAGCAGUCUCAAAAUGAAGCUGUUCGCUGUCUUUGCUAAUGUAGCUGCACUUUUUGCUAUUUCUUUGGCGGAGCUUCAAACUAGCAAGAUUGUUGGAGGAGUGCCAGCCGAAGAUGGUGAAUUCCCAACACACCUUUCUUUGCACUUGAACGACUCUCUGUAUGGAGCCGCCAACAUUCUCAGUGAGAAAUUCGUUCUCACCGCUGCUCACUGCGUGAUGGGGUUAACGCCAGAAGAAUUGAGUGUCAGAUCCGGCAGCCUUUAUUACGAUCAGGGCCAACGCCACCAAGUGACGCGCAUCAUAAUGCACGAGCUGUUCAAUUUUACCGACUCUCUCAUUCACGAUAUUGCCAUCGUAGAGGUUGAUCCACCCUUCACAUAUGGGCCCAACGUGCAACCCAUCGUCCUUCCAGAGCAGGAUUCCCAACCCGCUGCUGGCACCCCGGCCAUAGUCAUUGGUUGGGGAAGACUUUACUUUAAUGGUCCAAUAAGUGAUGUGGUAUUGAAAGUAGCAAUCGAGGUUCGAGACCAAACAAUCUGCGAAGCUGCCUACACUGAAUUUAAUUUGCCAAUUUAUCCGACCCAUCUCUGCGCCGACGUGCCCCAGGGCGGACUUGGCUCUUGCAAUGGUGACAGCGGCGGUCCUCUUCUAGUGAACGGAACGGUUGUUGGAUUAGUAUCGUGGGCCAACAAGUGUGCCGAGCCGGGAUACCCUACCGUUUACACAAGAGUGCCAUCCUAUGUGGAUUGGAUUACGCAGCACGCAGGAAUCUAAUCAAAUUUUGGAGAACUAAAACUGUUUAAAAUAAAAAGUAAAUGAGACGUUGAAUUUUUAAGGGAAAAAAAUACAAUAUUGAUUUCUUUCAUUUAACUGGAAC